UAGUUACGUGAUAGAUAUCACUGAGAACUCGACAUGUGUCUGUGAGUGUAUAAGAGCAGCUCAGCUAUGAAAGGAAACUACAAAGGACAACAUGAAGCUCUUUCUUGCUGUUUUCGCAGUUUUGGUCGCAGUUCACUGCGAGGAUCUCUUUUACGGAGAUCAAGUUCUCAGAAUCCAAGCUGAAACUGAGGACCACCUGAAGGCUUUGAAGGAGCUGGAAGACGACGUGCAUUUGGGGCUGGAUUUCUGGACCCAUGGCCUCUCUACAGAUCUGCCUGUUGAUAUUCGCGUGCCUCGCGCCAGUCUAUACGAUGUUAAAGGAUUCCUUACUGUAAACAAGAUCCCUUUCACAGUUAUGAUCAACAAUGUGCAGGAUCUUCUGGAUAAGGAAAAAGCAGAGAUGGUGAAAAAUGCAGCGAUGGAGCGCAGUACCAAAAGCUUUAACUUUGGUGCUUAUCACUCCCUGGAUGAAAUUUACAGUUUUAUGGACGACCUUGUGACAAGUCACCAAAACCUGGUCUCUAAAGUGCAGAUCGGCAACACUUACGAGAACCGCCCCAUGUAUGCCCUCAAGUUUAGCACUGGUGGUGCGAAUCGACCAGCAAUCUGGAUUGACGCAGGAAUCCACUCCAGGGAAUGGGUUAGUCAGGCUUCUGCAGUGUGGAUUGCCAACAAGAUUGCUACAGACUAUGGCGUUGAUGCCGCUGUCACUGCUCUUCUCGGCCAAAUGGAUGUCUACUUGUUGAUUGUGGCCAACCCUGACGGAUACGCCUUUACUCAUUCCAGUAACCGUAUGUGGCGUAAGACUCGAUCUGUAAAUUCUGGUUCCUCAUGCCGCGGUGUUGACCCCAACAGGAACUGGGACGCUGGCUUUGGUGGGGUUGGAGCCAGCAAGGAUCCCUGUUCUGAUUCCUACCACGGCCCGUAUGCCCACUCUGAGAUCGAAGUGAAAAACAUUGUGGAUCUCAUCAAGAGCCACGGCAACUUUAAAUCCUUCAUCUCCGUUCACGCUUACUCUCAGCUCUUAAUGUAUCCAUACGGCUACACUUGCACAGAUGCUCAUGAUCAGUCUGAGCUUCAUACUGUAGGCACCGCUGCAGCCAGUAAACUCAGUUCUCUGUAUAACACCAGAUACAGGGUUGGAAGCAUCUGCAAAAUUAUCUACCCAGCGAGUGGUGGAAGCAUCGACUGGACUUAUGACAUUGGCAUUAAAUAUUCCUUCGCUUUUGAGCUGCGUGACACCGGCCUCUAUGGUUUCCUUUUACCUGCCAAACAGAUCAUUCCCACUGCAGAGGAGACCUGGCUUGGUCUUAAAUACAUUAUGGAAUAUGUUAGUAAUAAUUCUUAUUGAGAACAAUAUACAAAAAUAUUAAAGCUUAAAAUAAAGGUAACAAUGGAAACUGGA